UUAUUAUUUAUUUAUUUCUCUCUGAAUUUGCUUCUUCUUUCUCCUUUGCCCUGCUGAUGGCUUUUUUUAUCUGGCUUCAGUGUCAGCCAACGAGUGAUUCUUGAUUGAAUCUUUGAAAGAAAAACACCCAAAGACUAUUCUUCACUAUUUUUUUCUUUUUAUUCCAUCUAUCCUCUUCGGCUUAAGAGUGAAUUUGAAGGAGAUUUUGGCUACAAAAACUUUGGGUGUUGUUAUUUUUUGAGUGUUUGGUCGAUUUUGAUGGGAUUUGUGUGUUUUGGUUUCUGGGUUUUUCUUGCUUUUUGUUGAUCUUAAUUUGGGUGAAUUCAACAGUGAUAAAAAAAGGCUUCAAUUUUGUUCAGCUUAGUGAUGAAGCUUAAGCUGAAUUGAGAGGAGGAAAAAUGGAGCUUUUUGGAAUCUGAAGUUGGCCUUCUUUUGUUGACAAAUUGAUUAGAUUCUCUGGGAUUCCAAGUUUUUGUUUUGGGUUGUGUUUCUGGUGAGGAUGAAAGAAGAUCCUCACUGGAUAUUUUGUUGGAUGUUUCAAGGACACUCAAAUUCCACUGUUUACAGGCUUUCCAAGAUGAUUACUUUCAUGGAGUCGAAAGAGGAAAUCAAGGAGAGGCAGAUGUGCUUGGAUUCUCAGCUAUGGCAUGCCUGUGCUGGAGGAAUGGUUCAAAUGCCUUCAGUUAAUUCCAAAGUCUUUUACUUUCCUCAAGGCCAUGCUGAGCACGCUUGUGGCCCUGUUGAUUUGAGGAACUGCCCUCGAAUACCGCCUUAUAUACUUUGCAGAGUGUCUGCUAUUAAGUUCAUGGCCGAUCCCGAGACCGACGAGGUCUUCGCAAAGAUUAGCCUGACCCCAAUUGCUACAAACGUGCUCGAUUCUGAAGAUGAUGGAAUUGGAGGCAUCCUUGGGAAUGAAACACAGGAAAAACCGGCUUCUUUUGCCAAGACAUUGACUCAAUCAGAUGAAAACAAUGGAGGGGGGUUUUCGGUUCCGAGAUACUGUGCCGAUACUAUAUUCCCUAGAUUGGAUUACGCUGCUGAUCCCCCUGUUCAGAAAAUUCUUGCUAAGGAUGUCCAUGGGGAAACCUGGAAAUUUAGACAUAUAUAUAGGGGUACCCCAAGGAGACAUCUCUUAACCACAGGAUGGAGCAAUCUUGUGAACCAUAAGAAGCUUGUUGCAGGGGAUUCUAUCGUGUUUUUGAGGGCGGAGAAUGGUGACCUAUGUGUUGGUAUUCGAAGGGCUAAGAGGGGCAUUGGAGGAGGGCCCGAGACUUCGUCUGUAUGGAAUGCUGCUGGUAGUAAUUGUUUGGUACCAUAUGGAGGGUUUUCAGCAUUUAUGAGGGAAGAUGAGAACAAGUUGAUGAGAAAUGGGAGUAGCAACGGGCUUAGCUCGAAUAGUAAUUUGAUGGGCAAGACAAAGGUAAGACCUGAACAUGUUAUUGAAGCUGCUACUAUGGCUGCCAAAGGCCAACAGUUCGAGGUCGUUUACUACCCCAGGGCGAGUACCCCUGAGUUUUGUGUGAAGGCCUCUUUAGUGAAAACAGCGUUACAGAUCCGGUGGUGCUCCGGAAUGAGAUUCAAAAUGGCCUUUGAAACAGAAGAUUCUUCACGGAUUAGUUGGUUUAUGGGCUCCAUAUCAUCUGUUCAAGUUGUCGAUCCCCUCCGCUGUCCAGACUCACCUUGGAGGCUUCUUCAGGUUACGUGGGACGAACCAGAUUUGCAUCAAAAUGUAAAAUGUGUAAGCCCUUGGCUGGUUGAAUUGGUUUCGAACAUGCCCGCAGUUCAUCUAUCUCCCUUUUCACCACCGAGAAAGAAGUUCAUCUAUCUCCCUUUUCAGCACCCAGAUUUCACCCCUGAUGGUGAACUUCCACUGCCAACAUUUUCAGGCAACCUCCUUGGGCCCAGCAACCCCUUUCGGUGUCUUCCGAACACCAGCCCUGCUGGCAUGCAGGGAGCCAGGCAUGCUCAUUAUGGUCCAUCUAUAUCGGAUCUCCACCUCAAUAAACUGCAGUCAGGUCUGUUUCCGAGUUGUUUCCCGCCGUUUGAUCAUACAGCUACACCCAAUAGGAUAUCCAAUGGUGGCCUAGUUGUUCGAAAUCCCAACAUGAAUGAGAAUGUGUCUUGUGUGCUAUCCAUAGCCCACUCUACUGAGAAUUCUACGAAAACUGACCAAAAAAAGACGCCUUUGCUUGUACUUUUCGGUCAGACAAUCCUUACCGAGCAGCAGAUCUCUCGCAGCUGCUCGAGUGAUGCAGUCUCUCUGGUUCUCAAAGGGAAAAGUUCUUCAGAAAAGAACCUGAAUCAGACGGCAAACUUUUCCGACGGUUCUGGAUCCACGAUCCAUCAACAACACUUACCAGUACGUGCAUCAUGCGAAGGCUUCCAGUGGUACAAAGAUAACCACCACGAAGCUGAACCCAACUUGGAGACUGGUCACUGUAAAGUAUCAAUGGAAUAGGAGGAUGCAGGUCAUUUGCUUUAAACUUCGAUUGUCCAAGUGACGAACCGUAUUGAAGAUUCUCAUACUCCGAGCCAUUUACGCCACCGUAUAGGGAUGUAAAAAGUUGACUCGACCUGUAAAACUGAUUGAAACCGACCCGAGUCAAAACUGUUUUUGACAUGCGCUGUGGCGAUCCAAAACCGACUUGAGUCGGAACUGGUGUUGACCUGAACCCGAGUUGGACCUGGAAAUUGUGGAUCCGAACCCGACCUGCAUCCGACAU